AUGAAGCCGUUCCAGUUCAUCUUCGCACUUUUCGUUGCAGUCUUGCUGGAAUCGACCUAUGCCAUUGGCUUAGGCUGGGAACCGGGAGCUGAUGUGGAGAUUCCUGGCAAUGUUGCAAUCCACCCAACGAACGCGUUGCGACGCGUGCAAGCUACCACGGACCUGUCAAGCACGGGGUCUACUACUGAUACCUCGUCCGGAUCAACGGCGGAUGCCUCUGCGUCUGCUGCACCUUCGGCGACUGAUACGGAAACACCGACGACGAUCAUGGUGCUGCUGCCCGACAAUCUCGCCGCGAGCUACUCUGGCUCUGGCAGUGUCAUGUUCUUCGAUGGAUCCGUUGACCGCAAGAGCGAGAGUAAGUCGGCUGGCUCGGACACCGUUGGCAGUGAAGCAUCCGGCUCGGUCUCAGCGCGUAACUUCGGAAUGGCAACGGCGUUGACCGCGUUUACGGCCCUCUUUGCUCUUGUGAUGGUGUAG